GGGAGUGUACUGGGCUUGGUAGAAAUUAUGAAUGUUUGGCGUCGGGAUGAGCAAACCAUCCUCCCCCUGAUCCUUUCGCUGACAUCAGUACCUCGUUUCUAAUUGUGCAGAGUGUGAAGAUGGCAACUCCUCCAAACCCUACUGACGGGAACCCCCAAAAUCCAGUUCCGGAAGCUGUAAAGCCAGUGACCAAUGAUCAACAAGAUGCCGACAAAGGAGCUACCAAGGAACCAUCAAUAUUCGUAAACACAGAACCGAUACGAGAAGAACAAGUGCAGAAUGCUGUAAAGUUCCUUUCACACCCAAAGGUUAAAGGAUCUCCUGUUAUGUAUAGAAGAUCUUUUCUUGAGAGGAAAGGCCUUACAAAGGAGGAGAUAGAUGAAUCAUUUCGUCGUGUCCCUGAUGAAUCCCCUGGUAUUUCAACUACUCAACCAGCUGUUGUGAAUCAAGGUGUCCCAUCACAGCCUACCUCAAGUAUUCAACCACAAGCCCCAACUCAGUCUCUGCAACUGCAACCUGCAACUGCUCCCAGUUUGAGGAGUAGGUUUCAUUGGUCACAUGCUUUGCUUGCUGUUGGAGUUCUUGCUAUAUCAGGAGCUGGAACUGCUGUAGUUUUUAAGAAUGCUGUUGUUCCUAGAUUGAAAUCUUGGAUACGUAAAGUUGUACAUGAAGAAGAUGAAAAAGAGGACCUUGACAAUGAAACAAACAGAAAGCCGACAUUGGCUGAAGAAGCAGCUGCUGCUGCAAAAGCUGCAGCUGCAGCAGCAUCUGAUGUGGCUCGUGCUAGCCAGGAGAUGCUGGCCUCAAAAACUGAAGAGAAGAAAUACUUUGGGGAACUUUUGAGUCUUUUGGAUGUGCAAGUCCAGGAAAUGAAGUCAAUGAGUAACUCAAUAAAGAAGUUAGAAGGACAAAAUAACAACAUUCCAGGGCGAGAGGUUCAAGUCACAAGCACAAGGCCACCAUACACAAAUGGCAGGACAGAUUACGACUCCCGGUCAGUUAGAUCCUUGUCACCACCACCUGCAUCUGUAGUGGAACCCCCCUCUGCUACACCCUCCCACCCUAAAUCUUAUAUGGAGAUAAUGUCUAUGAUUCAAAGAGGCGAAAGGCCUCCCAACAUCCGAGAAAUCAAUGAUCAACCACCAAACCCUGAUCAACCUGUAUCAAAUCCUCGCUUAACACCAAAACCUAAGCCUUGGGAGUCACAGUCACAGUCACAGGGUGGCAGCUCGAUCUAUGAAAAUAGCAAUAAUGGGCUUAACGAGUACGGAGCGGGCCCACAUCUGUCUAUCAGGCUAAUGGAGAAGCGACCUGUUCAGCGGCCUGCGUGGGUCCCACCUCAGGCGCCACCUGUAGCCAUGGCUGAGGCGGCAGCCGCCAUCAGGCAACCGAAGAAAUCACCCUUUGAAAAGGAACAAGGACAGCAGUUGACAGAUGAACAGUUUCUGGCUAGGUCAACUGAGGUGACAGAUGAGUUGCAGAGGAUCACAAAAAUAUCUGAAUCGGGCGGUGAGGUGGCGGCAGAUGGUGGUGCAGGGGGGAGCAGCUCGGUGGGGAUGAAUACAAGUGAGAUUCAGAGAGAGGAAGAAGGGUCGUAUUAUGAGGCCUGA